AUGGAAAUCGAACAAAUCGCAGCCGCUCCCGUCGCAGCGAAUCCCGCCGCACAACAAACACUGACCGCAAGAUUCUUCAGAUGCAUCUUCACGACUAUUUUCUACUUGCAACUGAUCCUAAACUCGGCCUUUGUCGUCUUCCUCAUGCUUCGAGGUCUCGUCUUCACCAAUUCACCAAACUUCCAUCCCAAGAAAUGGUACACUCCUCUGCUAUCCUCUGUUGCUGUCUCUGGAGCUCUCUCUCUAGCCUGGCAAUGCUUCCUCUCCUGCAACAUAGCAGCAACAGUCAAAGCAACCUUCUUUCUCACACCGUUUCUCAUAUUCUCCAUCGGGAUAUUCCAAAUUGUGUCCACCCCAAAUGUGGUUCGAUGGAUCAGUAUCGUCUUUUUUAUCGUUGGCUUGGCUCACGCAGCCUAUUGCUGGCUUUACGUCCGAGGAAGCCAGCGUAAUUUCACCAUCACGAUAAUGGCUCGCUCCACGGCCCUACUACCUCCAAGAACCAGAUUAAUAGCGGUUGUAUCGGUGAUCUUGAGCGUCUUCUACUCUGGCUUCCUGGUUGCUGGAAUCGGAGGAGCUACUGCAACAAGAACAAGACUAGACAUUCUCUUCAUCUCCAUAGUCAUGAUCAACCUCGCCUGGACAAUGCAAGUUCUCAAGAACAUACAAGAAGUCGCCAUCUCCAAAGCCAGAUACGUCUACUUCAAACGUCAUGAGUUGAUGAAUGCAUGUGAUGCUCUUGGUGCCACUAUGAGAAACCAGCUCGGGAACGUUUGUAUUGGGUCAACACUCUUGCCAAUUUAUGUACCCAUCAGGUGUACCAUCCGAACCUGUAAUAUGAUGGAUGAUGAGAGUGACCGGACCAUGUAUGCGAGUAAUGUAGACUGCUGUUGGAUUGCCAAUCACCUGGUGUUACACGGGAACAGAUAUGGCUUCGUUCAUGUGGGAGCUUACAACAAAAGCUUUGUGCAAGCGUCGACUGAUACCUGGCAGAGGUUCAGAGCAACGGUUGGAUUGGAGGAGAUAAUUGAUUCUGACAUCACCAGCUCCGUCUGCUUCCUCAGUGCCAUUUCGAUCGGUGCAAUCUCUGCAUUGACUGCAGGAAUAUGGGAGUUUUACAUCCAUAAAGAUUACUACUUUCAGCAGACUCUCUAUGCUUUCAUCAUCGGAUACUUCGUGGGGAGAGUUGCAUCGGCGUGGCUGCAAGGAUGUGUAUUGGCUUACUAUGUGGCUUAUUCUGAGGAUCCACAGAGUGAUAUUUUUGAUGACACGAUUCCAAAACGUAUUGUACGGCAGAAUAUAGAAGAGCAAAAAAGGUUAGCCUCUUAUGAACCAAGGCGGCAGGAGGACGAACCGGAGCCAACAUACGCGUCGUAG